AUGUCGAACGAUCCAAAAGCGCUCCUGGCUGCCAAGUUUCUCGAGUCGUUCCUGCGCGAGAUUGUGCUUGACACUGCCAUCCACACACACGCCAAGAUCAAACGCGCUCGGUCCAUCUGUCAUAUUUGCGGACUCCGCUGUCAAGCACACAAUCCUGCUGCAGAACCAUCCAGCUCCAACCCAACUCUCACUGUCGGCCCCGACUCAUGCAUCUCGUCACGCCCAGGAACGCCAGUACCAGGCUCGACGCCAACCACAUCGCACAAGCCAGACUAUUACUCGAACAAUCCGCUGUUUGAAUGCCUCAUCUGUUCGCGACAGGUCAGCUCAAAUCGAUAUGCUACCCACUUGGCAAAAUGCAUGGGCGUAGGAAGUAAAGGCGGUCGAAAGGGCGCUGCCAGAAAUGCCAAGGCCACAAGCAGCGUCUUGGCCAGCUCGAAUCGGCACAGCGCAGCGGGUACACCCAGGUAUAGCAGUGAUCUGGACGAUGACAGUUUUGCCAAACGCAAGAAUGGCAACUCUUCCCUCGCUAAGAAUGGUAACAAACGAGCCAAUAGUCCGCUGGCAGCGAGCACACUAGCCAACGCAAGAAUGAACAAACGCCUCAAAACAAGCUCGCCCACUCCACCGCCUGCCGACAGCGUAGCCACCGGGAUGAACCGCUCGUAUUCAUCGCAGACGUUUGCACCGUCCGGGUUGAGCAACUCGACUGUCAUCAGUGGAUCGCCACUCAAUCCUAACAACAUUAACACUGCGUCCAAGGCGGCGGAGAGUGUGAACAACAGCAAGAAACGCGAAAAGCUUAUCGAUGACGACAAUGACCAAGGUGACAAUGCGAGCCGGCGCUAUCACGGUGCGCCGGAUAGAGAUUCGAAUGGAGAGGAAGGCGAAAUAUCCGAGGAUGAUGACGACGACGAUGUUGCACUUGCUGUCGGAGCUGCCGCUUCAGCGCGUCCACCGUCGAGCGGCACCAAAAUCAAGAUCCCUCUCCGCACUACACCCUCUGCAUCCACACCGAAACCCAAAGCAUUUGUUGUGGCCGACGACUCGGAUGACUCGGAUUCUCAUCUUUCGAAUCGUCAUAGCGCUCACGCAGCUUCCGAAGGCGACGAUCACGAAGUCGAUAACGAAGACGACGAAGAUGCCGAAGAUGAAGACGACGACGACGACGACGACGAUGAAGACGAAGAGGAUGACGAUGACGAUGACGACCAAGACGAUGAUCUUCACAUCACAAGAGUCACUCACACUUCCUCUCAUCAUGGCAGCAACGGCCUAGCAGGCAACGAGAAUAAACCGAAACAAUCCAAUGGUGGCGGACUGCAGAGGGAACGCGGCAGUGAUGGCGAGUUUAUCGACGUUGAAAGUGCCUCGGAACAGAGUGAUGCCGAUUCAUUCUGA